GAGAGGAAAGGUCUGUAUGUGCUUAGAAAGUUGCAGGUUUUCUGCGCGUGUUUUAUAUGGUGCCCUGCAACUCUGUUGCAUACAAGGCAAUUGAAUAAUUUUUAUACCUAGAGGGAGGGGGGUUGUAGAAGGGGCCUGGUCAAGAUUUGCUUUUUGUUUUUCUUCAUUUCCAACACAGUGUCUUUGUUUGGGGCGGGAGAAUCAAGGAGAUCUUUGUGUCACAGAUCACUAUUCCUCAAGAAUUGCAAUGGAGGCUACAGUGAGUUACUCAAAGAACAUGGAUGAUGAGUAUGAGAAAUUCAUCAGAAGAAUGAAUCCUCCAAGAGUGGUCAUUGACAAUGAAUCCUGCAAAAAUGCCACUGUUAUACAGGUGGAUAGUGCUAACAAACACGGUACACUUCUGGAGGUGGUACAAGUUCUUACUGAUCUUAACCUUAUUAUUACCAAGGCGUAUAUAUGCUCUGAUGGAGGAUGGUUCAUGGAUGUCUUCAAUGUUACUAAUCAAGAGGGGAGCAAAAUAAUGGAUGAAGCAGUUUUGGAUUAUAUUAUGAAGUCUCUUGGCCCGGAUUCUUGCUUUGCGUCGUCUAUGAGAAGAUCGGUUGGGGUUACUUCGGGAACGGACCACACCUCAAUCGAGUUGAUCGGGAGUGACAGACCCGGAUUACUAUCUGAGGUGAGUGCGGUCCUCACCAACCUAAAAUGCAACGUGGUGAACGCUGAGGUUUGGACACAUAACACCCGAGCUGCAGCCAUAAUGCAAGUAACUGAUGAGGAAACCGGGGGUGCAGUUACUGAUCCCGAGACGUUGUCUAUGAUUAAGAAGCUCUUAUGCAAUGUACUCAAGGGGAGCAACAAAUCUCGGCAUGCUAAGACGCAGAUCACUCACGGGGCUACUCACACCGAUAGAAGACUCCACCAGCUGAUGUUUGCUGACCGAGAUUAUGAACGUGCAAGUGACGAAGCGUUAAAUCAUCCCGAUAGGCCUAAUGUGAGCGUUACUAAUUGGCACGAUAGAGACUACUCGGUAGUGACAAUUCGUUGCAAGGAUAGACCAAAGCUUCUCUUUGACGUUAUCUGCACUUUAACAGACAUGGAAUAUGUCGUUUUUCAUGGCAACGUAGAUGCUGAGGGACCCGAAGCUUACCAGGAAUACUGCAUAAGACAUAUCGAUGGCUCCCCUGUAAAAUCAGAUGCAGAACGACAAAGAGUAAUCCAUUGUCUCGAAGCAGCUAUCGAAAGAAGGGUAUCCGAGGGAUUGAAGCUAGAACUUUGCACUACAGACAGAGUUGGGCUGCUAUCAAAUGUGACACGAAUAUUUCGGGAGAACAGCCUUACUGUCACUAGAGCUGAGGUUGCAACGAGAGGGGGCAAAGCUGUCAACACUUUUUAUGUGGGCGAUGCCUCAGGGUACCCGGUGGAUGCGAGGAUCAUAGAAUCCGUGAGACAAACAAUUGGACAGACUAUCCUGCAAGUGAAGGGUAACCCGGAAGAGCAAAAUCCUACUCAAGAAUCUCCAACCAGGUCCCUCUUUGGUGGCAUAUUCAAGUCCAGAUCUUUCUGCAAUUUCGGCCUAGUUAGAUCCUAUUCUUGAAACAUAAUCUUCCAUCUCUUGUAUAUUCAACCCCUCACUUUAGGUUCUGUUGCUCUUUAUCCGCCAUUUUACCCCUUGAAAGAUCAUUUUCCUGAGCUCAAAAAAGAGAACCCAAACACACAGCUAAGCUACUGAUUGUAAAUAUGCAUGAUUUCUUGCUUUUUAGCCUUUUAUAGUCAAUUGGUUUCACUUUGUUGAUCCAAUGAAGCAUUAGAAAUCUUUGUAUUG